CCUGGUAGGAAGACGUGUCCUCCCUCCCUCUCCUUCCUCCUCCUCCUCCUCCUCCUCACCGGCUCUGCCUUCCCCACCUCCCGCCACUCUCAUUCCUCGUCGUACCGAGCCCCGGGUGCCACCGAACUCCGCUCGGUACCGGUGGCAGAGACCCCCCCCCCCCCCGGCUCCGGUGACUCCCGGCCAAGGCCAUGGACCCCAAGGAGCGCAAGAAGAUCCAGUUCUCGGUGCCGGCCCCCCCCAGCAACCUGGACCCCCGCGCCGUGGAGAUGAUCCGCCGGCGGAGGCCCACGCCGGCCAUGCUCUUCCAGCUCUCCGAACACUCCUCGCCAGAGGACGAGAACCUGCCCUACCAGCCCGACCCCCGGCCGCUGUCUGACGCGGCGCUGCCGGGCUCCGGCGGUGCUCCGGUGCCGGGCGUGCCUCGCCGUUCCCCGGCCUCAUCGACCCCCGCCCGGGCAGCCCCGGGGAGCCAGGGCAGAGCCGAGCGCAGCUACUUCCCCGCCGGGCUCAAGGCGCACAAGCGGAAAGGCGGGCAGAAGGUGUCGUUCGCUGGCGGCAUCGACGAGCGCGAGGAGGACCUGAAGUCGCUGACGGUGUCCGAGAUCCCCGAAGACCCCGAGGGAGCGGAGGGUGACGAGGAGGAGCCGGGCCAGGAGCAGGACGGUGGCACCGGGGAGCGGCGACACGUCGGCUUCUCCGAGGUGCCCUCGCGCCCCAUCGGCACCGAGCGCCACUCGCCCACCUUCCCGCUGGGCACCAGUUAGCUGGCACCGGGCACCGGCCCCCAUCCCGGCCCACCCCGCAGCUUCGCCUGUGCCCCCCGCCCGCUGCCUGCGCUUCGUCCGCCGUGCGCCAUGUGCCGUGCGCCAUGUGCCGUGUGCCGUGCCAUGCUGGGCCGCGCCGGGCCGCGCCGGGACCCCCGGCCACGGCCGCCCCCUCCCCGCGGCCAUCGUGCCCCCCACCCCAGCUGCUGGCGAAGGCACCCACGGGUGCUGGAGGGGUCUGGGCCCCCCCCGGCCCCAAGCGAGCAGAGCCCCCCGCCCGCAAUAAACGCUGUACAGAG